AUGUGUAAACCUAGUACCAUGCUCAGUCUACUAUAUCUAUAUAUAACUUCGUAUUUAUUGUUUAAUUUAUUGGAGUUGCUCUAGAUGAAUUCACUUGAGUUUUGUAUUUUACUUAAUCAAGAUUAGUACCGGAUCUAAGUAUAAUAAGACAAGAUUAAGAUAUAUUGUAACUAUAAUAACCAUGUUUGUAGACUAACUCUUUUGUUAAAGGGAAAAAAAUGGCGGAAGUUUUCAACUACCAGCACCCGCCAUCCGGGCAGGCCGCCACUGAUCGGAAUUUAACCGAAACCCCCCUCGCAUUUCCUCUUCAUCACUUCCCCAUUCUUAUUCCCGUUUCUUUCCAAUAACCUUCCAGAACUCCAAGCCUCCAGCCCUCGAUAUUCCGAUACCAAAACCUCCCGGAUUGCCGGCUGCAGGCGUCCUCGUCGUCGUCUGAAUCCAAGACAGGCGGGAAGGUAAAGCAAAGCUGAAGCCUUGCUCCUUGUUUAACAAGGGUGGUGCUCAUAAGGAACCACCGCUCUUCUUUGCUGGCGGGCUAACACCAAAUGGCCCAGCUGUUGCAGCAUCAGGAGUCCGCGCUUUAUGGCAAGGAAUUACAAGGGUGCCGAUGGGGCAUUCUUCAGUUCUUUGGAUUUCGCCGUCGCCUGUGGUCCACAAAGAUGCUAUCUGACAAGAAACAUGGUCAGGGGAAAAGCGGUGGUGGAAAUAGACGUCGAAGCUCCUAUGCUCCAUUGAAAAACGAAGACAGUGGCAUCGUGGACGUUGAAAAAAACACUGAAGUUACAAGAAAACAGAAGGCCUCAAAAAAGAGUUCUGGUAAAGCUAGUUUGAGGUCCUUGAUUCUAAGGAAAUUAUAUGGAAGCGAAGGUCAGAAAGAAAAGAUGCUUCCUGUUGCACCAAAGCUACUGCGCACCAUUUCAAUACACUACCUGGAAAGCAAUGAAUAUGUUCUUGAUGGUGAAGCCACUUCCAGUGGUGAUAGUUCUUCACACAGUACUACAUUGUCAAUGCAAAAUGCUACAAAUACAAACUUCCACCAUGGUACAUCUAGCACCCCAGAUGGUUGUGAUAGUGAUACAAGUUCUUCAUUUCUCAUAAAGAGAGGCCAAAGCCGUGUGAAUCGAAAGAGCCACCGUAGCAUUUCAAUGGAUGGGGUUCUUCAUAAGGUCCCUUAUGGAAAGGUGUCUGGAGAUGUAAUCAGCGAAGAGCUUCCCCGAUCAGCCUCUGCCACAUAUGAUAGGGAUGGACUGAAACCUUACAUUGGUCCUGCUGCAAAGAGACAUGUAAAUCAAGCUUUUCGGCGUUCACGUUCCCUCACUGAAUCAUUGGAAAGUUACUCUCGCUUACUUGAUUCCAUUGCAAGUAGUGAAUCCAAAAGAAUGCUGACAAUCUCGAAGUCUACUAGGGAUCAUUCUUUGGUUGACCCUGGUGUGAAGAGUUCAUUUCAAAGAACUUCUAAUGCUGAGUUCGAUGAAAAUCUAGUAACUCCAGAAGAUGCCUUGGCAUCACAUGUUUCAGAGAAAAAUGAUGUUGAUGGGGAUGUAAAAGUUGCUGUGGAUGAGAGCUCUAGUGAUGAAAUUGCUGGUGGCUCUGGAAAUCUUUCUUUAUUUGAAGAGUACAUCAGUGACAAAAAAUGCGAUGCUGCAGUAUCGACUGAAGCUGACUCAUGUGCUGCUCCUUCACCUUCAGAAGUUGUUGAUAUCUCAGAAGAACAAGCAGCAACAUGUGAUCAUAGCAACCAGGUUUUCUCAUUAACUGAAGUCGAUUUGGGUGAUGCACGUUCAACAUCAGAAGAAGUUGACAUUCCAGAAGAACACGCAGAUAUUCGUGACAAUGGUCGGAUCCGGUCAUCAACAGAAGUAGGUUCAUGUAAUGCUCUUCCUUCAAAAGACGACAAAGUUGCAGAAGAACAUACAACAAUUUCUCAUGACAAUCAAAUGCACUCAUUCCAUAUUUCAAAACCAAUAGAAGGUACCUUUUGUGUUCCUGAUUCCAGCCACGAAUUUGAAGCAGACAUAAGUAUAAGCUGUAAACAAGAAACUGAAAGUCCAAAUUCUGUUCUUGACGUGGCCUUCUUAGAUGAUCCUGAUAGUCCGGUGAAACGUACACCACUGGAUGAUACAUCGCUGAAGCCAAGAAUUCUCCAUUUAAAUGAUGCUGAAGUUUCAAUUGGCAUUGAUGUUGUACAAGAAAGUGAUUUUGAUGACUUAAAUGGUCUGAAAAUAGAUACAACACACAAAGUCGAGUUGAACUAUGUGAAGGACUUAUUCAAGAAGUCUAGCUUCAGCAAUGAAAUAAUGUUUGAUGAAUGGUAUUCUCAAAACAUUACAGCUCUCCAAGAAGAGGAGUGCCAACACUACGAGGCUGCUGCAGCAGCAUUUGACUUCACUGAUAUGUCUGCUGAUCAGCUACUUCUGUUUGACUUAACAAACGAAGCACUGCUUGACAUCUACAAGAAAUAUUCUGUUUGUAAGUCUAAACUCUCUUGGUUCUCAUCUUUUGAUAAACCAAAACCUGUGGGGCACCUUGUCCUCAAGGAAUUAUGGUCUAAAGUGAGCUGCCGAUUGGAAGAACAAUCACGGCCCAGCAUAGAAGUCGACAUGAUUUUGUCGAGUGACCUAGCCAAGAGUGAUCGCUGGAUGAAUUUUCAUAGAGACGCUGAUCGUCUAGGGAACAAGUUGGCAGACUUUGUAUUUGACAAGCUUCUGACUGAGCUCAUUCUUCAGCUUGCAGAGUUUUGAAUUAGAUAGUUGUUUUGUCCCCUUUUUUAAGUUUGGGAGUUUUAUAUUGUGCAGAUGCAUGGGAUCAUUCUAAUGUACAUAUUACAAAUUCUUUUUGUUUUCACUUGAGGAAAACACAAUCUGGGGAUCGUUGUUAGGUCUUAUGAAUUCAAUUCAUGUUCUUGAAAGUUUUGCCUGUUGAGUACUAGUAUAAAUGAAUGAAGGAGAAAUUGUUUUGCACUACUAUUUGGAUGUAUAA